UUACCCAAGAAAGAAUCUAGGGCUGCCUCCUAUUCUCCGUUUCACGCAAGGAAAAAAAAAAUGUCGUCGGUAAGUUCGAACAUUGCCCACCUCCAGAAGUUGAUGGAAUCAUAUAUCUCUCACAUGGCCAACAAUAUCGGGCCAUUUGCCAUGCAAGCCAUACAAAACCACCCUUACUCGAAUGAAGUUGAACAACACAAUGAAGGGCUCGUGAAUAUGUCGCCUCAAAUCGAGCAGAAGGUGGUUUUAGAGUUUCGUAGGAUGGCCUACCUCAUGGCCUACCUCCUUAGGGCAUACUCACAAGAAACAACUCUUAGUCGUCUCCCUGGAGCGAGAGCUAACGUAGAGAUGUUGAGGGCCCACGAGCAAAUAUGGCCCGAUGUUCCCGUCUUACAACAAGCCAAGGCUUCCAGUGAGUUCUUCCUACAACAUACGCUCAACUCCAUCCAAAUAGCCGAUGCUUACGUGGAGCAAAUCUCCGCUUACGCUCAAGAAAAUAACGAUCUCGCUUCUAUGGAAUGGUAUGCGAAGCAUGGGAGUAUGUAUCUGCCUAGGCCUUUAGCCAUGUUAAAUAUACUGUUUAGCGCGCGAGUGAAAAUCGAGGACUUGCCAUCGAAGACGGACGAGAAGGUGGUGAAGUUGCGGGAGAUGGGGUUCCAUGUUACGCAUGAAGUAGACGAUUGGGCCCCCACCGGCGACGUUCUUCUGGUGGAGUCAGCCCUGGAUGAUGCGAGGCGACUGUGUCAAUACGUGCAUGUCGACGAUGAGCAGCCAUCACUAGAUUGGGUCCCUAACGGCAUUAUGGAAAUAAGGAUGGCGUCGCGACUUUAAACCAUGUCACUCCUCCUUGGGUUUAUUCCUUAGUUCGAACAUUAUCACGUACAGAGAUUUUGUUUUCACAUCAUUCUAAUUAAAAUAUUUAUCUAAUGCGAUUCCGAUAUUAUUUUUUCGGAGAUAAUCAAAAUACAUAUUAGAUUCCGGUCCGAUUUCAGUUCUGAAAUAUUUUCAAAAAUUCUGCUUAUAAUAUCAAUAGUAUCAAAAUUUUUUCUUCAAAAUUCAAGGCCGUUUUAGGGCUUUUGAUUUGAUGUAUCACCAUCGAUUUACACAGUGGUAUGAUUUAAUUGAUAUGUGUGUUUAAAUGAUUAAAUGAUCUGUGUGUUUUUAGGCGAAUGUAUGAUAUGUGUGUUUAAAUGAUUAUUUGUCGAGUAUUUUCGAUGAUCUGAUCCCUGAAAUCGCUUGAAUCUAGAGAUUGUUCAUGAAUCCUUGCGUGAUCUGAAAAACCUAACUCUUUUGGUUGAUUGACACGAUUUGAAGGGUUAUUGCUGUAAUUUUCUCGUAAAUUCAAUUGAUAUCCAGAAGAAAAAAAAUUAUUUACAUUUCAUCUUUAUAUUAGACGCGUGUUGGUUUUUAACGUACUUCUGUCGCAAUUUUCGGUUUAAUUUUGUUGUUUUUGCUCCUGAUAUCACCGUGCAUAGGAAGUAUAUUUGAUUAGUUUCUGCCUCAUGGCUCAAGCCAGAUUUAACUCUCAGUGGUAUGAUUUAAUUGAUUUUGCAAAAAAAAAAAAAAAUGGAUUCGUGAUGUUUAAUUGCUUUCCAAAAAGUUUUUAAUGUCUAUAACAAGUGCGCGAUUCUUUGUCCACAAUAGACGUGAUCGACAACUCAGCAAGUUGCAGAAGCUUCUAGAGAGGUGGAGGAGCACGUGAACUCAGUUCUGGGACAUUCUCAAAUGGUUUACGAGCAGUCGAAGGGAAUAGCAGCUUCUCAAGUGGAGUUGCAACAAGGGCAGGCCCGAAUGAAGGAGAAUUUGGCCGAAGGAAUGGCUUUCAUACAGAGCUCGUACGAGAGUUUGGGGGGGGUGAAAUCGUCAAUUUGAGAAACGAGGCGGUUGAGAUAGACAAGGGGGUUGCCAAAGUUGGGGAAGCAAUGUUUUCGAAGACGAGUGUUUUGCGGAACAAAGCUGACGAUAUCGGUGACAUGGCGGCCACAUCAUUGGAUAAACAAAAACAGCUUCUUGGUGGACAGACGGUCGCUCUCGAGGGUUUACAUUUUCUCACCAAGUUUCAGUCACAGGCCCUUGAAGAAAGCAGGUAAUUUUUACAUCUUUGUUUGUAUGUGUAAUUUUAAUGUAAUUUUAUUGAGUUUGUUCAUUUUGCUACAUUGAGAAAGUUUAUUCAUCUAUUGUUUGUUUUGCGUGUAUCGAUAGUAUGUUUUAGAGCAUUGAUUUGUAUCAAAAUUACAUUGGUUAUCUAUAUUUGAUUUACAUGCUUAUGCUUCUAUCAAUUUGAUGGGGAUAA